AUGUCUAGUGAAGCUGGCCUCAGCAGUUGCUGCCUCUCUGGCUCCGUGCAUAGCGGGACCCCAUCAGGACGCGAGGACACGAUCGGGGGCAUCGCAACCUACAUCGCGGAGCCGACCGACAAAUCGACCGCCAAAACGGUCGUGUUCCUCGUCGACAUCUUCGGCUGGAAGUUCAAGAAUGUGCGUCUUCUGGCCGACAAUUACGCGAAAGCCGGCUUUUACUGCUAUAUCCCUGAUGUCCAUGAGGGCGAUUCCCUGCCGAUCGAGUUCCUGCAGAGCGUGGAACCGCCGUUGAAGGUGAGAGAGCAGGAGGGGUUGGUUGACAAGGCCAAGGAGACGGUUGAUGUGAUGGCGACGCUGGGCCCGUGGUUGGCGAAGCAUCGUGAGGCGGUCGCUGAGCCUAUCAUCAGUGGGUUCAUCAAUACCGUCAAAAGUAUCCCAGGGACGAACAAGGUACGCUAG